AUGUGGUGGAAAACGGGUAUCGUUCUUAUCACUAUAGUCUCUAGCUGGGCUUCAGCCGAGUUCGUAAAGCCAGACUUCAUUGAAAAUGUAGUCAAAGAAGUUUCAGCAGGCGAAUCACGCAUAGUGUCUGGUUGGGAGGCAACACCCGGACAACAUCCGCACCAUGCGGCACUCCGCAUGGUCUACCCGCAGGGCUUGGUCAGUGCUUGCGGAGGCUCCAUCGUGCACCGCAACUGGAUGAUUACUGCAGCACAUUGUACCGCUGGAACCAUAACCCUGGUUGUCCGCGCCGGUGUCGUAGAUCUGACUAAACCUGAGUACAUUUUUGAGACUACGGAAUGGUACAACCAUCCCACCUACAACGACCUAGCUCCUAGCGUGGUGCAGCCCAACGACAUUUCUAUCGUGCGUCUUCAACGCCCGGUAGUCUAUUCUGAUAAUUUGCGCGCGAUCCGAAUACAGCCCGCUUCCGAAGCGUACAAUGACUACAUGGGCCAAAUUCUUUAUGCUAGCGGGCAUGGCAGAACCUGGACAGGAGGCAGCAGUCCCGAAGUGUUGAACUGGGUGUACCUGCGCGGUGUAUCGAACCCGUCUUGUGCGACGGUCUUUGGCUCCAUCAUCACCAGUACAACAAUUUGCGCUCAAUUCUUUAACGUCACUUCACAGUCUAUUUGCCAGGGUGACAGCGGUGGUCCCUUAGUCACUUGGGACGCAGACGGCGAUCCCAUCUUGGUUGGAGUAAGCUCUUUCGUAGCUGGUGGCACGUGGGGCUGCCAUUCUGGAUUACCUGGCGGUAAUUUAUUUUUACCAUUGCUUCACAUUUAG